AUGGCGUUUUUCUCACUGGUGGUGCUUCUCCUCUCGCUGAUGGUCUGGCGGUUUGUCCGGGUUGUGCGAGGAAAACCGUCGUCUAUUCACCGCGGAAGGAACGCCCCACUGAACGUGUGUGUCGUGUUGGGCUCUGGUGGACACACCAGUGAAAUGAUGCGGGCCAUUAGAGCCUUGCCGCUGGAUGUGUGGCGGGCCAAUCGCCCAUUUUAUGUUGUCUCUGCUACUGACAGUCAUUCGGCUGCUCUUGCCGCUGAGUUUGAGAAGGAUCAACUUCGACGCUGCUGCCGGCUGAUAACGAUACCCCGCGCGCGUGAGGUGGGACAGAGUUACUUCCUCUCGAUCUUCACGACUCUUCAAGCACUCGGUUCGUCCCUGCUUCUCAUCGUUUCAGAGAAGCCUGAUGUGCUUUUCGUGAAUGGUCCGGGUGUGUGUGUGCCAGUGGUGGGGGCCGCUUUGCUGGUGGCGACGCUUUCUCCCCCGUGGUAUUAUCGCCGCCCGGGCAUCGCAUACAUGGAGUCGUACACGUGUGUCAGGCACAUCUCACUCUCAGGAAGGUUAUUGAUGCCGUUCUGCGAUGUAUUUACGGUACAAUGGCAGUCACUCUACGAUGCAUGUCUUGGGAAAUGGUGGAGGCGUAAUGGAUCUCUCUUUUUUGUUGGUGUCUCUCAAGAUGUAGAUGAUAUGCCGCUUCCGAUGGCGCAGAGGCAAACGACUUCAAACGCCUCUGGGAGCGAACAGGUGGCUCUUGUCACCGUCGGCUCCACUCAGUUUGUUUCGUUGAUUAAGGCUAUAGAUGAUGAGGCGGUUUGUCAGGCAUUGGCCAGACGAGGUAUCACGCGGUUACUGGUUCAAAAAGGAGCAUCGGCCUAUGAGAUGCGGGUACGCAACGCCUAUUCCGUCACUGUGGAGGUUUUUUCUUACCGUCCAAAGCUGCAUGAGAUUAUAAAAGACGCAGCGUUGGUCAUAUCGCAUGCAGGGGCCGGGACCAUCCUUGAAACCCUGGAGUGCAAGAGGCCCUUAAUCAUUGUGCCCAACCGCGACCUCAUGUCGGACCACCAGCUGGAGCUCGCAGAGGCGUUGGACGCAGCGCGAUACCUCUUUUGUGUUCAGGUGGGGAGCAUUCGUCAAAAGCUACAGAGCCUCGACUUCAGCACACUCCGCGUGUUCCCUGGGACGAAGUUGGCUGCUUUGCGAGAGGCAAUUUUGCCACUUUUGGCGGCGGCCGAUUUUACUGCUGACGACGCAGAGGAGUAG